AUGGAAUCGAAAAGAUCUAGUAACGAUAUAGUUUUAGCCAGUAUAGACGAAGAUCGAGAAAGUUCGAAUGAAAAUGGUACUGUGACUUAUCAUACUUCUACAAGGUCAUCCCUUGAAAAUAACGUAGACACAGAAAAUAGUAAUAAUAGAUUUGGCGUUGAUGACGGCAUCAGAUCAGUUUCAAAUUCUAACAAUCCAAUUAUCAUCGCUAUUAAACCAAUUUUAUGCAUAUUAAAAGUAUUUGGCGUGUACUAUUCGGUUCCAGAUAACAGUAAUGUUAUCGAUACGCAUUAUGACGACUGCCGAAGUGCAAUGUUAGCCGACUGUCAACUAAAAAAGAAACGAACAAGAAGAACUAUCUUCACUCCUUUGCGACUUUAUUCCCUAGCGGUUUGUUUUUUACUGUGGAUUAAUGCAGGACGAUUCGGGGCUAAUGUUUUUAUAUAUCAAAAUACAUCUUGGAUGCCAUUUGUUAUAUUAUACGUUCUAUGGCUUUUCCAAGUAGCAGGCAAUGUAUCUCUUUAUUAUUAUAUGUGCCAUCGUUACUUAUACGUUACAAACCUUGCAAAAGCUUGCUUUAAUUUAUAUCGCCUAAUUUUUAACUGGAGUGUAAAUGGUUUGUUAAUGAACAUUACAUUAAUAAUAUGGUUCAUUGCUACUACUGGUAUGACUAUAAUAACUUCAUGGGUUGCUUCUAUUCUUAAUGCAGAGGCACAUUCUCCAAUAUCAGUGUUAUACUCUCUACAAACUCGAAAUAUUGGUAACGACGGAUUAGCAGAGUUGCUCCUAUUUCAGUCUCGCCUUCUAGCAGAACCCAUUGGUAUCAGUAUUGUUGGAAUGUUUGUGAUAACAAGAUCUUUGAUUUUGACACGCAGCUACAUGGAAAGGCUUAAACGAAUUAAGAUUCUCGUGAGCACUUACAAAGGGUUUACAAUUUCUGAAGUUACAGUUACGAGGAAAAAUACUGUUACUACUUAA